AUGGAUUCACAUAACAUUCACUUAGGACUGUCGAGGUAUCUGGCUUCCGCCUUCACGUCAUUGUAUGUCAACCUCAUCUUGGUCGCACAGGAUUGUGCCCUGAUUUGCGGAAAUCUUGGUCUCAAUCUCAACUAUGCUGUUGGAGGUGGAGCUUUUUUGGUGCACCAAGUGGAGACGGAUGAAGAUUCUACUUGCUGGUGGGUCCCUCACUUGGGUGACAUUCACCUCAGCAGGGUGCUCAGUGUGGAAGUGAAAGAGUUCAUCAUUGACUCACAUUUGACGAUGAUAAUCUGA